GACAUUAGACUUAUAUUAUUUACCUUUAUUAUUAAAAUUGAUCACUAAUAAAAAAAUGGAAUUUCGAAAUAAUAACGAUAGAUAAAGCAGUCUGUGUUAUACAACAUAACCUAAUUUAAAAAAUAAUUUUUAGUAUGUUAUCUUUACAUCGCCUCUAUGGGCAUCCACUGACCCAAAUCUUAAUCCUUAUUAAUAUAAUAAAGUAACUUUUUACCCGCUGUUUCGUAACGUGGAUUUCAAAAGAAGGGAAACCAAAUACCGCUAUUAGAUGACGUACCUACAAGAAACAUAUACAAGUUACACCUUCAGGAACCCAAUUGUGAAAACAUAUCCAAUUUCGUUCAUGUUAACCGACAAUGUCUGAUGUGGAACAUGUGGAGCACCUGGAUGAUACCGCAGAUAAUUCCCAGAUCCUGUCUGCCGAAUAUAAAGAUGGACAAUUGCAGAUUGUCGAGGUGACGCCUUUUGAAAAAAAUGAUCAGCACCCUGAUGCCCAAAUCCUGCCAGACUUGGAGUCGGAUGAGGUGGACCCGCAAUCGCGCUAUGUGCAAGUGAUCAACCCCGACAAGUCCGUUAUGCAGCUGGAUCUCCUCAACAUGACUUUGGUCAGAUGCGACGACGGUUCGUACAAAUUGGUGGCCAACGCGGAGACCACCAGCGACAUACCGGCGGACUCGACCGUCACCUGCGUGCUGCAGUCCAGCGAUAAUGAAGACCCCGACAACCAGGACGCGUACGUGAUGGUGAACGACGAGCAGGGUCCGCUGGUCUUCCUCCAGUCCACGCUGCCGCAGACGAACAGAAACCAGGAGCAGAGCGUGAAGCCGGUGAAGUUGGAGAAAAAGGCCUUAUCCCCUGCUGAGAUAUUGGAAAGGGCGAAGAAGCUUCAGAAGGCGAAGGCGCUGGUGUCGCGGCCGGGGCGGACGCGCGGCCGCCGCCGCAAGUCGGACCUGCCGCCGCCGCACGAGCUGCUCAGCUCGCCCAACUUCAAGCUGUUCCUCUACUCGUGCAAGGUCUGCAGCUUCAAAUGCAACGCCAUCAAGGAGAUGACCGCCCACAAGGCGGCCGAGCACGCGGCUUCGGGCGGCGGUCGCUGGCGCGGCGGGCGGGCGCCGGCCGCGCUGCAGUGUGCACGCUGUCCAUACAAGGCCGCCUCGCACUCGCAGCUCAUGAAGCACGUCCAAGAGAAACACGUGCAUCAAACGUUAAUCUCCGAAGACAAGGACGAGAACACCAUGCAGGUACUCGUGUGCGGCGCGUGCGGCUUCGAGUCCAGCUCGAGAAAUAUAUUCAAGAAGCAUCUAGAAGAUAAACACGGCGCGAUCGCGCGCUAGUCUAGAACGUUCUACAUGCGUUAGUGCGGACAUAAAGUGAGACUGGUAGUUUUAGUAUGAUUAAAAAUAAUUUCCGAAAAAAAUGAACUUAGGCGCGCUUGUAAAUUUAUUGUUUUAACCGACUUCGAAAAAGGAAGUUCUAAAUUCGGUUGUAUUUUUUUUUAUAUGUUUGUCACCUCAUAACUCUGUCAGUUGUGAAGCGAUUUGGAUUUUUUUUUAUCUGAAAGAAUUUACAGAUAUGAAAACUGUAAAUGACUGAUUGGUUCAACGAAUUCAUGCAUUCUCUGACGGCCCACCUGAUGGUAAGUGGUGACCGUCGCCUAUAGACAUGAGCAGUACCAUGGACAUAACAGAGUAUACUGUUUCGCCCAUGAUACCCCCCAUGCGUUGCCAUUCCUGAGAACUCGGAUGUUAUAUUUUUAAACCUAUCUGUCAUAUGUCAUUUCUCUAAAUCUAUUUUUUUUAAUGUAGUUAUAUGUAUAUAUGUAAUUAAAUCAAUUUUUUUUUAA